AAUAUAAGAUCUGACUGUGAAUACAGGCAGAGAGAAAUCUGAAUAUUAAUUUGAUAGAUUUUAUAGUUAUUUCAGCGAUUUAUUUCCAUCAGGAGCACCGCAAAAAAUGGAUAUUGUUAUGUAGUUUACAUCCACUUCUUCAGAGGGCAGUAGUGCGCGGCGGCAGUUUGCGGUUACAGGGAAACGGCUCUCACGUCUUCUCUCAGGUUUCUCUGUGUAUAUAUUAUAGCAAAAUCUAUAGACAUGCUGGAUCAGCUGAUUCAUCUUUAUGAUUGCGCGAAAGAGUAAAUACAAAACUGUGCAAUUGCUAAGCAACAAUGUGAUUUAUUACUGUUAGAUACUUGGAUCCAGCAAAUUAAUUAGGUAUUACAAGACAACUCAAUGUUUGGUUUCGUUCAUGGAAGGAACUCGGUUGUGCUCCGGGGGACUCACGUCCCAUGAACUGGCUGCAUUGCGUUCCAUAGUUGUUGAACAUACUCGGAUACCGAUCGGCAACGAUUGAUAUUGGUUGCCAUUGUAGAUAAACAACUUCGAACAUGUUCAUAAUCAAUGAAGGAUCUGACAAAAAAUUAAUAAAUUAUCUAUAAUAAAAGUAGCAGAGAUGAAGCGAAUGCAAAAUUCUGUGGGACAUAACUCGGUACAAGAAGCAGUGGACAUAGCACACGAAGAGGAAGAAAAGAAGAAUGUGAAUUUGGAAGUUCUAGAUGAUGUUGAGGAAACAGCUCAACAACCGGUUUAUCAAAUUCGACCACAUCUUCAUGAAAAGUUCAAACCUCUAAGUGCGAAAGAAAUAAUACAUGAUGUACUAUUUGAGCAACUCGCUACGAAAACAUAUGAUGCUCAGGCAGCUGCUCAAUGGACCAAGGAUAUAGCGGAUAUUAUUGAAAGAAAAAUUAAAGACUUACAGUUUAAGAGGUAUAAAUAUAUUGUCAAUGUGGUUUUGGGACAACAACAUGGUGCUGGUGUAAAAAUAGGUACAAGAUGUAUUUGGGAUGCAGAAGCUGAUACAUAUGCCUAUGACAGUUUUAUUAAUGAUACUAUAUUUUGCGUGGCUAUAGUAUAUGCAGUUUAUUUUUAUUAAAAGAUUUUUUCUGGAAAUAUAAAAUGUAUAAUGGACGAAGCGCAUGAAUGGAAAGUUAUGGUUAAGAAACUUCAGUGAAUUUAUUAAAGUACAACUUAUUAUUAUACAUUGAUACAUAUGCAAUGUUAUAUGUCAUGGUAUGACACAAUUUUUACAUAUAAUUACAAAUAAUAUUUAAAUCCAUGUACAAUAUUAUGUGCAUGAUUGUUUGCAGUGAUAUUUUCUAUUUCACAUAAUUCUUUUUUACAUACUAAAAUUAUUAUAGCACCAUAAUUCACGGUAGUAUAGUAUAAUUAAAAUUUAUUUAUCCUACUUGUUACAACAUUUGUCAUGAUUUAUCAUUUUAUCUUUAGCAAGCCAGUUUUUAAAGUAAUUUCUGAAAUAAU